AGUGAUGUUGAACCAUCAUAUAUAAUGGAACGUAUCGAAAAGAGUGGUGGAUCUAAGUACUCUAUUAAUGUUGAUAAAAAUGCACCACCACCAAAGCCAGAACCUAUUUUACCAGUGAGAUCGGUGUACAAGCCUGUUCAAAUACCAAAUAUAACUGAAAUUCAACGAAAAGCUCCUCGAGAAAGGAUCGAACCUGUGAGAUCGGUCUAUGAACCUGUUAAAGUACCAGAUAUGAAUGAAUUGAGGCGAACCGCCGCUCAGGAGAAAGUCGAGCCAGUGAAAUCAUCAUAUCAACCUGUUCAGGUACCAGAUAUAAGUGAAUUACAACGAAGUGCACUUCAAGAAAAAAUUGAGCCUGUCCGUUCCGCAUAUCAACCUGUAAAACCCCCAAAACCAAAACCGAUUAAUAGUGCACGUUUGGCGUUCUUAAAUGCUGGGAAAGAAACAGAACCAGAAAAUACAUAUCGAAAAGACCGUGAAGAACGUGAAAGAGCUGAGCGCGAGAAGGCCAAAC